AUGAGCGCCGACGUUGAGUCGACGGGGGCUGGCGGUAGUAGCUGGGGGGCCCAGGGGCCGCCGCCGCGGCCUCCGCCGCCUCGGCAGCAGCAGCAGCAGCAGCAGCAGAAGAGCACAGUGGACCGUGGUCGGGCCAGCAACGCCAGCGACGCACCGACGAACAGCAGCAACUUGAACUCCAGCAACAACAACAUCCUCCUUCACCAGCGUCCGCUCGCUGCCGCGCCAGACAUGAAUUUUGCCGACGCCCAACAUCAGCCGCAGCAGCAGCAGAACCAGCUCCAGCAGCAACAGCAACAGCAACAGCAACAGCAACAGCAACAGCAACAGCAACAGCAACAGCAACAGCAGCAGCAACCGUCCCGCCAAUACCCCCCGCAGCAGUUUCAUCAACAAUCAGCCCUCUCCCAAACAGCUUCUCCGAGUCCGCACCACCCGCUCAACCAACUUCAAUCGCAGCCACAUCAUCCCCAGCAGCAGCCGCAGCAGCCGCAGCCGCCGCAGCCGCAACAACAACACCACCUCCAGCAGCAGCCCCUUCACCAGUACCCGGGCGUCAACGGCGUCAACGGUGCCCACAUGGCCCCUCCUGCCCCGAUGCCCACCCCGGCCGGCCACCAGGCAGAGCUCAACUACAUCUACGGCAUGGUCGAGGAGCUGAGCAGGCAGUUGUCUGACAACCGCCGCGUCACCGAGGACAUUGUCACGGGCCUGGGCCGCGUCCGCAGCAGGGCGCGCUCGCACGCCAUGUCCAACGAGGACCUCAUGGCCGCCGCGGCCGACGACAUCAACGCCGACGACCAAAACCUCGACGCCCUCGUCUCCAUCUUGUCCGAAGCCCUCGAAAAGGCCAACCACAGCCGCGACGCAAACGCCACCCUCCUCUCCCAAUACGCAAACGCCGUCGCUCUCAUGCUCAAGCAGUUCCACGAAUACAAGGCCAUGCACGUCGCCGACGUGGCCGCCUGGCAUCGCUCCUACCGCACCCAGCUCGACGAGGCACGCCGCGAGAACUGCCGCCUGCGCGAGCAGAUCUGGGAGAUGCAGACGCACGCAGGCCGUGCAAACGAAUGCCUGCGCCGCUUCCGCCGCAGCUACGACGACGACGAGACCCGCUGGGCGGGCCGCGUCGACGACACGGCCGUCCGCCAGGAGCUGCGCUUCUGGAAGCGCAUGGCCAUGCCCGAGCUCGACGACGACGACCCCUACUGGAGCGACGACGACGACAUCAUCGACGCCGCCGAGAAGAGGCGGCAGAGCGACCUCGAGCACGCCGCCGCCCAAGAGCAGCUCCUCGACAGCCAGGUCGCCGAUGACGACACCACCGAGCCCGCCCAGCCGCCGCCCCUGCCGCACAUGGCCGUGAUGGGCGGCACAGCCAUGCAGCGCGACGAGUCGGGCGGCCGCCCCGCGCCCCCGCCACGCCCGCUGAGCGCCGCUUCGAGCACGGGGUCGACGGGACAGCAGUGA